AUGUUUAUUACAAAACCAAAAUGGAUCGAAAAGGUCACCGUGGAACCAAUGCUGUUUUUGUAUUUUGUAACAUUGGCCAUUUCAGCUUUGGUGGGCACGAACUUGAUACUGCGAAAGGGAUGCGACAUGACGGCCACCGAGCAGCCGGCUGACCUGAGGGACAAGUGCCUGAACGAGAGCUAUGCACAGGAGUUGGUGGCCAGGAUACAGACAUGGAAGCUGACCAUCCAGUACUCGGUGCCGCUGUUGUUCAUACUGUUCGCGGGCUCGUGGAGCGACACGCAUGGCCGCCGGCGCCGGCCACUUAUGUUCAUACCGAUCGCUGGCCAGCUGCUGACGGACGCGUUCAACGUGCUCAACGUGUACAACUGGCACUGGUCGCCCGCCGUGGCUGCCGUAUCCGAGUGCCUGGUGCCCGCGAUCACCGGGUCACGGAUAUGCUGCGUAGUGGGCGUCGCAUCAUACGUGGCCGACAUCACUCGUGUCCAGGAUCGGACCAAGCGCAUCGGCAUGCUCAUGUCGCUGUACUUCAUCGCUACACCGGUGGGAGCGUGCACGGCCGGCUUCCUCAACGUCAACAUUGGCUUCUACGGCACGUUCGGCGUGUGCAUAGCAAUGAACGUGGCGGCGCUCGUGCUGGGCGCGGCCCUGGUCAAAGACACGUCCGUGCCGUAUGACAAGGGCGCGUCUAUAUGGCAGACGGUCAACCCGAAGGUGAUCGCCGACUCGGUACGCGUACUGGUCAAGAAACGGCCCAGUCGAUCGCUGCUCAUUUACAUGACCAUCGUGUCUCCGCUAACCAUCGGACCCAUGCAAGGUGCGUCGAAACGAACAUAA